UUCUAUGAUUGUGGCCAACAUGCUAACCAAUCGGCGGUCGUGCGGCUGUGGAAGUUAUUAUUGGAUGAAGUGGAUGAACAUAAAUGUGGAGCUUGAAUUGUCACCACAUGGGUCCGCAGAUUGUUCUGCUCAGUUCGAUGCUGGGAGUCCUCCUUGCUCAAGGAGUACAGCAAACCUCCAUUGACGACUGCUGCAAAGAUGGCCAGAGGGGUGCCAGCGAUAACAAAGUGUGUGCAACCCUGCCGCUCAUCUCCGGGUCGCCCACGUGCAGGACAGUGCAGGAGCAGUGCUGUUUGGCCGUGCUGGAGGACAACAUGUGCACCACCGGCAUCAACAUGGCCAAAGACCAAGGAGCAUGUGACUCUUUGUUCUCCAACACCUGUGAGACAAAGACAACCAAGAUGUGCUGUGACUGCUGCCUGCUGGGCAAGACGGCGCAGGAGCAGGGACUUCCGUGCGACCACAGCCUGGCUCUGGGCUACCAGUGUGGUCUGGUGUACCGGGCUUGCUGCGUGGACGGAGUGCCCGACAAUCAGACCACACCGACGGAGAAGCCUGAAUUGCCAAUCAAAGACGAGACCCCAGCCAAUGGAGACAACAAUUCAGUGUUAACGGAUCAGUGCAAUGGCAAGUGUGCUCAUCUUUGUGUGAGUAAUGAGACGUGCUCCUGUUUCAAAGGCUACAAACUCAAGCCAGAUGGAAAGACCUGUGAGGACAUUAACGAGUGCUUGCUGGGUGCCAGCAAUUGUCGGGGAGGAGAGCGCUGCAUCAACACGGAGGGCUCAUUCCGCUGCCAGAGAGAGGUCAGCUGCGGUACAGGCUACGAACUGACCGACAACAACAACUGCAAAGAUAUUGACGAGUGCGAGACAGGCAUCCAUAACUGUGGUCCAGAGUUUGAGUGCCAAAAUACCCAGGGGUCAUUCCGUUGUCUCCCGAAGGUCAAAUGUGGUGCUGGUUUCAUCCAGGACGCUCUGGGCAGCUGCAUUGAUAUCAAUGAAUGUGUCAGCCAGACAGGCCCGUGCCACAGAGGUCAGGUGUGCAUCAACACGGUCGGCUCGUACAUCUGCCAGAGGAACUCUGUCAACUGUGGGCGGGGCUACCACCUCAACGAGGAAGGCACACGCUGUGUCGACAUCGACGAGUGCAAAGGCCCCAACCAGGUGUGCUCUGGUCACGGCUGCAUCAACACAAUGGGCUCCUAUCACUGCGAGUGUGACAGCGGCUACAACUUCAACAGCAUCAGUCGCCUCUGCGAAGAUAUUAACGAAUGCAGGCACUACCCGGGACGCCUAUGUGCUCACAAGUGUGAGAACACGCCAGGAUCUUACCAGUGCAGCUGCACCACUGGCUUCAAGCUGGCGCAGGAUGGCAGGAACUGUGAAGAUUUAAACGAGUGCGAAAGCAACCCGUGCAGUCAGGAAUGUGCCAACGUGUACGGGUCCUACCAGUGUUACUGUCGCCGUGGUUACCAGCUCAGCGACAUUGACGGCGUGACUUGCGAAGACAUAGACGAAUGUGCCCUGCCCACCGGAGGUCACAUAUGCUCCUACCGCUGCCACAACACACCGGGCAACUUCCACUGUUCCUGCCCUCUUAACGGCUACACCUUAGCACCUAACGGACGCAGCUGCCAAGAUGUUGAUGAAUGUCUGACAGCGACACACACAUGCUCGGAGAACCAGAGCUGCUUCAACGUGCAGGGUGGAUUCCGCUGCCUGUCCUUUGAUUGUCCCAACAACUAUCGCAGUGUCGGAGAAACUCGAUGUGAACGCUUGCUUUGCAAUGAGUCUGUCGAGUGCCUGGCCAUGCCACUGAGAAUAACCUACUACUACCUCACCUUCCCCACCAACAUCCCCGUCUUCACCAACAUCUUCCGCAUGGGCCCCUCCCACACCGUGCCGGGCGACGACAUCAACAUCGCCAUCACCUCGGGCAACGAGGACGGCUUCUUCAAGGCGGAGCGGGUCGCCACCGGCGGCAUCAUGUCGGUGGCGAGGCUUAUCGACGGCCCGCGGGACUUUGAGCUGGCCGUGGAGCUGAGGCUGCGGCGCUACGGCACGCUCAGCACGUACUUGGCCAAAGUGAUGGUGUUCGUCGUUCAGGACGAGCCACGGGUGGUUUACAACCCCCACCUGGAAUGAGGAACAACACUCGUUUCCAGUUGCUAAUCAUGUGAUAUCUUUAGUGCAGGCUAUGAUGGCGUAAACACUCUCUGCUACGGAGUACUAUUUCCACACUUCACAAAUACAGUACUACAGUGCGGGAAAAUAUACCGUCGUUUCACAUGGACACGAGGACAAUAACUUUGUCGUGAAUAAUAUAGUCAUAAUGAAAGUAAUGAAGUUAUUAUACAAUGAAGAAGUUGUCAUUUAAGUAGAAAUAAAGUCUUAAAAUCAGGAGGAUAAUCCAUCCAUUCAGGGUCUCAGGGUACGCUGGAGCCUAGCCCAGCUGACUUCGGGCAAGAGGAGGGGUAUGCCCCCUGGACUGGUUGCCAGUCAAUCACAGACAGAAAUGAAUUACACUAUGAAAAAAAAGUGGUAAUAUUAUGCAAAUAACACAAGGUCUUUUCUCUGUGACAAGAAUAUCAGAAAAAGUCUAAAUUUGACAAGAAAGCAAACAACAAACGGAAAAAAAGGAAUAACAGCAAUUUGUCUAUAGAAUAAAUCCCCACAUAUUCCUGGUUUUAUUUUCUUGGCCUUAUAUUGUAAAUCAUUAUUUUUUUAACUUGCAUAGAAAGUGGUUUAAUGCUGUAUCUGCUGUGCAAAAAUAUAUAUAUAGGUCUUGAAAAGUAACCCCUAGAACAGGGGUCUCAAACUCAAUUUACCUGGAGGCCACUGGAGCUAGGGUCUGGGCAAGGCUGGGCCGCAUCAGGUUUUCAAAAAAACCCCCAAAAAACGCAUUUAUUAAAAACAGAAACAUAUACAAACUUUUUCAGUGCUUUGGUUCCGAUUUUCUACAAUAAAAGCUCUGAUAAAACAUUCCACUGUUCUCAAAUAUCUUAAUUUUUAUUUUUCUACACAAAAUAAGAUGAAAAAUAAAUUAACAAACCAAUAAUAAAGAAAAUCAAUCAAUCAGUAAUAAAUAAAUAAAUAUAAUAAUAAUAAUACAAAGUUUUUUUCAGAUUAAAAUGAACAAAGCAUUAUUAGAGCCCCGUGGACAUGACAAAACACGACGAUAGUCACAUUUAUACUCUUUUUAUUUACAACAUAUUGCGCAACUGCAGGGUCUUGAGACACAUGCUAACUCGCAAACUAGAGAGCUAGCGACCUAAAAGGUAGCCUUCAAGUUAUUUCCUUUAAACUUAAAUAGCCAAAAACUUACCACUUCCACACUUUCAUAUCAAGGCGGGGGCCUCAAACUAGUGUCCUGCGGGCCACAUUUGGCCCGCGGGCCGCGUGUUUGAGACCCCUGACCUAGAAUAAAGUGGUUUAUUAUGACAAUAAAGUAAGUAUGGAAUCUUGCAAAUUUAAUAGAAACAUGGCAUAGCGUUAUGCAAAUAAAGUCCCGAUAUGAAAAAAAAUCUGAAUUUUAGGAAGAAAAGUACAUAAUUGUACUGAAUUGUUUACACAUUUUUCCUCAGUCUUAACAGAAAUACAUAAAAUAAUGAAGGAAUGAUAUCACAAGUAAAAAAAAAACCUUUGUUCCAUUUAAGGUGAAUCAAUUAGCAAUUUUCCUGAAUUGCAAUGAAAAUAAUGGCGUUGAAGCUGUCAUAAAGGCAUCAUUUCACAGGAAUAACAUCAAUAUGAAAAGGGCUUCAUUUUACCCCCCGCCCCCCCAUAUAAUCUAACAUUCCAGAGCUUUGCCAUAUACAUCAAUAUAUCAAUUAUAAAGAACUGCACUGAUCACAUGACAUAAUCUGCAUAUGUCGACUCAUGCACCGUAAGAUAACACAUCAUUGACAGUCCAUCACAUGGUUGAUAUCUUUUUAGAAAGAAAUAGAUCCACUUGACUGUAUCUAGUAGGAACCUGGGCCUCCAAAUAGCCGCUAGGUGGCGCAAUAGGUCAGGGUAAUUCCUCAGAGUGGGAGGUCUGUCAAGUAGCCUCCAACAUGUGAUGAUGUGAUGUACUUGGUGUAGUGGAUGAGUGGUUUUCUAAUAAAAUAGAAAUAAGGCAAGUAAGAUGGACUCCUUCUUUAUGACCUAGGGUGAAAUUUAAAUUAUUAAAAAAAAGACAAAAACUGAAGACAUACAAAAGUAAAUGCACUUUUACUGUGUUUUACGCACACUAGGUUGAUACU